CCACAGUCCAAAGAUAUGCAGGCAGAACUGGUGAAUCAACAUGCUGUGUGCAUCAGAUAAAGGGGGCCUUGUAGCCCUCAUCUUUUUCAUUCUGGGCAUGGGAACACUUCUUCCAUGGAAUUUCUUCAUCACUGCCUUCAAUUAUUUCAACGAACGACUAAAUACAACAUCGUCAAGCAAUGUUUCGGAAUCUGACCAGACAGACCCAUACAUGUUCGACAACAUGUGUGUGCUGCUUUCCCAGCUUCCUUUGCUGUUGUUCACUUUGCUGAACUCAAUUCUCUACCAGCAUAUUGCAGAAAAGAUAAGGAUAGGUGGCAGUAUGGUCUUCAUUUUACUGCUCUUCCUCCUCACAGCCACUUUAGUGAAAGUCAAAAUGGAACAGGAUCUUUUCUUCUCCAUCACAAUGGCAACCAUCUGGUUCAUUAGCAUGUUUGGGGCAGUGCUUCAGGGCAGUCUGUUUGGUCUGGUUGGGAAAUUUCCUCCAAAAUAUAGCUCAUGGUUUAUGAGUGGUCAGGCCUUGGCUGGCAUCUUCUCUGCACUUGCCAUGUUGAUGUCAAUGAUCUCUAAAACAGACAACGAGAGUGCGGCUUUAGGCUACUUCAUUACUCCCUGUGCUGCCACACUUCUCACACUGUGCUGUUACUUAGUGCUGCCUCACCUGAAAUUUGCUGGACUUUAUUUAGACAAUGGAACAAAAAACAAAGAGACUAAGCCAGAUUUGGAUCUGAAACAAAAAGAGAAUGUUACCUUGGUCAAAAUCAAGGCCACUGACUCUGAGUACGCUGCAGAUGGUCCAGUUAAAAGCAUGUUAACUGAUCUGGAUGCUGUAGCCUUCAAGUCUAUGGAUGGAGCAGAGAAGCAAGAAGAAAAGUCACCCGUGUUGGCAGUGUUUAAAGAGAUUUGGGUGAUGGCCUUGUGUGUGACGAGCGUUUUCGCAGGCACGUUGUGCGUUUUUCCAGCAAUUACUGUUUUGGUGAAGCCAAAUGGCCUCUUUACAGGAACAAUGGCUGAAAUUUUUACGCCACUGUGUUGUUUCAUGGUCUUCAACGUAAUGGACUGGGUUGGCCGAAGUAUCACCUCUGUUUACCAGUGGCCCAGAAAGGAAAGCUGUCUGUUCCCCAUCCUUGUGGCAGCUCGACUGAUCUUCGUUCCUGCUCUCAUGUUGUGUAACAUUCCAUCUCGCACCUACUUGCCAAGUCUUUUCAAAAAUGAGUUUGCCUACAUAAGCAUCAUGUCAAUGUUUGCCAUGACAAGUGGAUAUUUUGCCUGUCUCUGCAUGUCCUAUGCUCCACAGUUGGUUAGGAGUAAGGAUGCAGAGACUGCUGGGGCUUUGAUGACCUUUUUCCUGGCAUUGGGGCUGUGUCUUGGAGGUGCAUUCUCAUUUGUCUUAAAGAAACUGCUAUAGUUUUGAGUGAUCACUCACUGGUCAUGUUACUGCUAUCCAAACAGCCACCCCGAUUAUAUCAGUGUGUUUUAGCCUAAAAGUAUAAAUUUUAGCCUGAAAAGUAGUUUUUUUAAUCACUGUGGGGAGCUAGCACUUCAUGCACCUGAAGACCAUGAUAAUUUCGUAUAGUCAAUUGUAAUCAUAAAGAAAAUGGUCUUAUAUUAUUUAAAUGACUUUUGGGAUUUAUGCAAGCUUCUUGUGCUGUUUUGUUUUAUAUUGACGACUGCAUUUUUUUUUACAAAGAAUAUUUAAAAGCAUUAAUUUUAUAAAUGAAAAAAAAAAACAUUUGUUACGCUUUUAUUCAUUUUAUCGAUUAUGUCAAUUGCACUGUAUUGUUUUAACUGUAAGUCAAGUUUUAUAUGUUUUUUUUAUUGUUUUUAAAAUUAAACUUUUGUAUUUUGGUAUACUUUCUAUAAAGUCUUGCAUUCAUUAUGGGCUCCUUUUCUCCAGAAGCAUAGUCAAGUUUGUGUCAGUGUCAACUUCCCUCCAGCAGAAUUAUAGUCUACUGUAUAAUCUCAGAUCACUUCACUGCAACGGCUAAAGAAUAAACAAAUUGUGUUCUGUACAAAGGUAUUAAGAAAACCAUCUGCAUAGCAGUCACCUGUCAUUUUAUGAGAAAUACCUGAUGCUGUGCUGACUAGUUGUGCUCCAAUGCAGACCUGUUUAAACUCUGCAUUGCUCAUGAAAGUUAAAACUUGAUGUUUAAUAAGCUGAAAACUGGAAAGAAUGCAAAGUGUUUAGACUGUGCAAUAUAUUAAUG